AUGCUCAGAUCUCUCUCUGCCAGGUUACAAAAAGCAGUUCUCUGGAUUCCAGAAAUCAGCUCCCAGUUCCAGUUUUACCCAUAAACGUCCUUAGCCACCAGCAUCUUCAACAGGCUGUUGGCAUCAGUAAAGGCCCAAUUAAAAUAUCUGCAGUGCAUGGCAAUUUCCUGCCUUGUCCUUGCAGCAGAAACCAAUAAAUAUGAGGUAAUACCAUCAGUGCAGACGCUAGCAGUGCAGAGCAGAUGUAAACACUCUCCAGCCGAGAUCUUGAGAAUGGAAAGAAUUAUACUGGAUAAGCUUCAGUGGGAUCUUUACACAGAAACACCAAUGGAUCUCUUAAACAUUUUCCAUGCCAUGGUGAUGUCCAGCUGGCCCCAUCUCCCACCCAGACUGCCUCAGAGGAAUCCUUCCCUCCACGUUGCACUCUUGACCAAGCAGCUGCAGCACUGUAUGGCCUGCCACCAACUUGUGCAGUUUAAGGGCUCCACGUUGGUUUUGGUGAUCAUCACCUUGGAGCUGGAGAGGCAGACUCCUGGUUGGUUUGUUGUUACUACUGAUCUGCUAAAAAAAGCACAGGUGAACAGCACUGAAUUCAUGCACUGCAAAGAGCUUGUGGAUCUGGAGUUAAUGUGCUUGCAGGCACCCAAUUCUGUUAAUAUUUCCUAUCCCAUCAGCCAAGCUGUGCAGGGCCAUCCCAAGGCAAGGCUACCCUGCCCCCCUUCUGAAUGGCAGAGUUCCCAACAAGGGAGGCUGAGGGCUGCUAUAGCCCAGCCUGUUUCAGCCCCUCUCACACCUACUACAGCCCAAACUCCUGAUCAAACCCCUGAGACUGAAGAAUGCUGAGAUGGAUUACUCCUGCACAGUGAGGGUGGGGAUGUGAGUGCUGGGAGGAUGAACACAGGAGGAUCCUGCCCUCAACUGAGCUGCUCCUGUCCUCCCUUACAGCCACCCAGAAAGGAUUUAUGGAGAAUUACUGCCUUGGAAGCAGCACCUGCAGAGCCAGCAGGUCCCAACAAACAGAACAGCCAGAACAACAAGGCAAAAGUAUCACUGUGCUUCUCAGAGGACAAAGACACUUGGUAUUAUCAGUCUAUUUUUAUGUCCUCCCUAAGCAGUAUGUGCUACCCCUCACUUUUAAGAUUGUGUAGACAGAAAGCUGGGGAGAGAAGGGACUUGGUCACAGUCCUGCAGCCCAGGGUUCCAGCUGGCAGGCAGCUACAAACUUCAUGGAGAACCAAAUGCCUCAGAGUUUAUUUUUAAAAUAGCCAUGAUGAAGUUUGACAGAUUGAGCCUUUCAUCCAGCUCAUGCCCUUGUUCUCUCAUUAGAGCUGAUCUGGCUCUGCCCAUGGGAGCUGAACAGGAGCUGCUGCUGUCGAGGAAUGGGCAGCCCCCACUGCUGCCUCUGCAAGAGAUCCCAGAUGGAACCAAGGCUUUCAUUCAGCACUGAGAAGCUUGAAUGAAACCUCCAGUUUUCCUUAAGGCCUUACCUUGCAGUUCAGGGCUGGGAUCUGUGCUUUUUCCUGGUUAGGCCAUUACAGACUCUGUCACAGUUCCUAUGAAAUGUGGGAAAUCACUUCUUGUCUACAAUCACCAUUGCCUUGAGCUCUCACCAACCAGCACAUGCUGGUUGGGGUUUUUAAAAUUUAUUCUGUCUUACCAGCCUAGACAAAAUAAAAUGCCUUUAAUAAUUCCCCUCACCACUACAACCACAUUAUUUCUUACAAAUUGCUUCAUCUUCAUAGCAAACUAGUUUCACAAAGGUCAGAAUAAACCACUCUUGCACUUUUAAAAACCAGCUUCACAAAUCCUUUUAAAUUAGUGGAGGUUUUGUUUUAACCAAUAGGCAUUUUUAGGUGAUUGUUAGCCUGGUUUGAGGGUAUAUUCCAGCCAGUAUGGGAUGG